UCGGCGUCUCCUCCUCCACGCGCCGCCGAGAUCACACCAUCGCCUCUCGACAUAAUACCGUAGCAGCUGCCGCUGCUGAUUUCCUUAAUUGAUACGGUGGAAGGCAACCCUCACAUUGCCAGAGUAGGAACUAUGCCUCUCUGCAUUAAGACACUUGAAAUAUCUUUUCUUCAAAAUCCAAGCCUGCAUCAAUUCAAGGAAUUGGAAGAAUGCAGACCCAUGUGACAAAAGUUCACCAUAAACGCAAGUGUUACUUCAGUAAAUUUACUCCUGUUUCUGUCAUCAGUAUCAACAAAUCCUAAUUUUGGAUUUUCCUGAUGCAAAGCCUUUGUCUCCUAAAGUUUGCUGAGCAGUGGAAACAGAAACAGUUGAUCCCACCAAUCUUGGGCCUCUCUGUAUGAUAUUUUUAACAGCCAAUGGUGGAAGCGGUACAUGAGAUUGCCAUUUACAUUCACCGGUUUCACAACCUCGACUUGUUUCAGCAAGGAUGGUAUCAAAUCAAAGUCACAAUGAGAUGGGAGGAUGAAGAUUAUGGUCCUGUGGGUACUCCAGCAAGAGUUAUUCAAUAUGAAGCUCCUGAUUUGGAUUCUGAUUAUGUGCAUGGAAUAUGGAGAAUUGAUGACGUAGACCACAGCUUCUCAACACACCCUUUUCGAAUCAAAUAUGCAAAACAGGAUGUUCCACUGUCAAUGAUGGUCACAUUCAACUUAUCACCUAGUACAUUUGAGGUUCCAUGCACAUCAGCUGUUAUUCUGACUUUCGAGCUGCUGUACAGUCCAGUGUUGGAGAGCAGGGAUUAUCUUGAAGAUUCCCUGGAUAACACUGCUGCAGUGCAUGAAUUUAGGAUCCCCCCUAAAGCUCUUUUUGGGUUGCAUGUCUAUUGCCCUGUUCAUUUUGACGCUUUUCAUGCUGUGUUAGUCGAUGUUACUGUGCAUGUGAGCCUGCUGAAAAUGGAUCGCACUUCCUCACUGAAGGUACCCAGUGAUCCCACUGCUAUCAAAGAUGACAUCAGGGAGUAUGACAAUUCAAAGCAAGUGAUGCUUGUACAUGCACUAUCAUGUUCUAGCAGCAUACUAUUGGAAGAUUUAAAAAUGCUCGGCCAGUCCAUCAAUAAACCAAUUGAUUUGGAUGAUAUCGCUUCUCGUGAAUUGUUUGCUUCCACACAAGGACCGGAUCAGGAAAUUACUGAUGCUGAAGUUUCAGGACAAAUUUCAAGAAAAAUCAGAAACUUUUCUGAGAAACUAAAUGGUGAAGAUGAUUUUUAUAAAGACAAAAGUUUUCAGCUAUCUGAAGUCAAAUUACUUGAGUUAAUUGAUCUUCUAUGCGAUCAAGUCUCGUACUUAUGGAGCAUAUUUUUGAAAUUUCACAGGGCUAACAAAAGGAUGAUUCUUGAGUAUCUUCGCAGCCAGUGGGUUAUCGACCGGAAAUCUGAAUGGUCAAUGUGGAUAGUUCGCACUAAGGUUAAGAUGCCCGAGCAAUAUAUAGGCUGUUGGGUUGACAAGUCUUCUUACCAUCCUGUGCAUGGUAGACCUGCCAUUCCACAGAAGAUAACUGGUGAUCCUGCACAGACUGCUGCCAAUCAAGCAGGGCUUCUUAGGCAGAGUAUUGCAACGAUGAUGAUUGAGAACAGGUCUAUUCAAGACAUGUAUAUAUUUGGAGAUCCAUCACACGUCCCUAUUGUAAUUGUAGAAGACGCUGUCAAUGCACCUAUACGUGUAAUGCGUAGAAACUCUUACAUCAGCCGAGUAGACCAGAAUGAAAAGAACGGUUUCUUUCCUAGGUUUGGCACUGACCCAGAAAACGCAUUAGUCAGCACUCGCCCAGAUGGUCGUAGCCUGAGGAUUGUAAUUUUUGUCCAUGGAUUCCAGGGACACCAUCUGGACUUACGUCUUAUUCGCAAUCAAUGGCUUUUGAUAGACCCCAAGGUGGAAUUUCUUAUGUCAGAAGUUAAUGAGGAGAAAACAUCUGGAGAUUUUAGAGAAAUGGGGCAGAGGCUAGCCAAAGAAGUUGUAUCAUUUGUAAAGAAGAAAAUGGAUAAAAUGACUAGAUCAGGUGUCUUGGGGACAAUUAAAAUCAGCUUUGUCGGACAUUCGAUUGGAAACAUAAUCUUGAGAACUGCACUAACUGAUAGCAUUAUGGAACCAUAUCUGGGAUACUUGCACACAUAUCUCUCUGUCUCUGGCCCACAUCUUGGCUAUCUUUACUCCUCAAACUCGUUAUUUAAUGGGGGUUUGUGGCUCAUGAAGAAACUCAAGGGCACACCAUGUAUCCACCAGCUCACUUUUACUGAUGAUAAUGAUCUUGAAAAUACGUUCUUGUACAAACUAUGCAAGCAAAGGACAUUUGAGAAUUUCAGGAAUGUCAUUCUGUUGUCUUCACCUCAGGAUGGCUACGUUCCAUACCAUUCUGCUAGAAUAGAGAUGUGCCCGGCAUCUUCAGGAGACAAAUCGAAAAAGGGGAAGGUUUUCUUGGAGAUGCUAAACGAGUGCUUAGACCAAAUACGAGCAAAGUCCUCGGAGACUCGGGUGUUCAUGCGCUGCGAUGUGAACUUCAACCUUUCUGCCCAGGGGAAGAGCAUCGACACUAUGAUUGGCCGUGCUGCUCAUAUAGAGUUCCUGGAUUCUGACAUCUUUGCCAAGUUUAUAAUGUGGUCCUUCCCAGAAUUGUUUCGGUGAUGAGCAGGUUAUCUUUGUCUUGUCUCCAUCUCUCUCAAUGCUUUCCUCGAGCUACAAAUAUCAGUGAUGGUGGACUUGGAAUACCACUAUUUUUUGAAUUUGGGCGCAGUCAUUUUAAGUUCCUUCCUGUGUGUUAUUGUUGGGAGUUUGAGAGAUACUAUAUAACUGAGUCAGAAUAUAUAACUUUUUUCUACUUUUUGAAAUGUAAUACUCUAUUUUAAAGUUUAUCUACAAAUAUAAAGGUGAUGUGUCAUCAAUCUUGUUUCUCUUUCCCUCCCUCUCUACUCAAACCCCUAAACCACCAAAGGCCAAAACUACAGAGACAGCUUCUCCGUGCUCAUUCGGAAUGACGAAAUUGGCCCUCUCCUACCACCAAAUUCUCUUCCAUAUCCCCACCUCCCCCUCCUACCUCCACUUUCCCGUCCUUUUUGAUGAAUUGCUAGACAGAAUGAGGGAUGAGGGGGAGGUGGUGUUUAGGACACCUGACAUCACGACAUAUAGUUAUCUAGUUGAGACGUUUGGCAAGCUGGGGAAGUUGGAGAAGGUCUCCGAGCUUCUUCAAGAGAUGGAAGCUGGGGAGAAUUUGCCGGAGAUAAUGAGUUAUAACGUGUUGUUGGAAGCUUGCCGAAUCAAGGAAGAUAAAGGAGGCUAUCGAUGUUUUUAGGCAAAUGCAGGCUGCGGGGAGCAUGCCAAAUGCUGGGACCUAUAGCAUCUUAUUAAAUUUGUCUGGGAAACAUGGGAUGUACGAUGAGGUGAGGGAGCUUUUUCUUGAAAUGAAGAUGAGUAAUACCGAGCCAGAUGCAGACACGUGUAAUAUACUUACUGAGGUAUUUGGUGAAGGAGGAUAUUUCAAAGAGUUGGUGACACUGUCUCAUGAUAUGAUCGAAGAGAAUGUAGAGCCGAAUAUGGAGACUUAUGAAGGGUUGAUUUACGCUUUUGGUAAUAAAGAUGCAAAUGGUAGAAUAUGCAUUCGACAAACUGAAUUCUGAAGGGUGUGGUUUUACAGCACAAUUCUAGAAGCACUUUGUUGUUUGGGGCAAAAGAAAAGGGCUGCAAGAGUGCUAGGUGAAGCAACAAAGAGGGGCCUGUAUCGUAAAAACAAACUUGUAUGGUCUGUGGAUGUUCACAGGUAUCGCUAGCCUCUCUCUUUUGCUUUCCUUUCUCCGUAAUAUGAGAUUUAGAAACAUCAUUCAUGUGGUGUUUCCCAUAUCUUACUAUGGAUCAUUCAGGAUGUGGCCUGGUGUCGCGUGCACAGUGAUAUUCAGGAUGUAGUGAACAGAUUAAUUGUUAUUGUUGGAUCCCUCUUCACGCUCAGACGAUGCCAAGAAACCAAGAACCAGCAGCAGCUACACUGAUAGUCUACAUUCGACUUUUAAUGGCUCGUUGAGCAACGAGCGAGAGUGCAAUGCUGCCUAACAGAGCGAUUUGAUGGAGGUGGGUGCUUUUCAGUGUAUUUCAACUCAUGUUUCGCGAAACUCAAACGACCAAUAACCGAAUGAAAGAUCAUUCAUGGCCCUGUUUUCCUCUCUCUCCA